AUAUGGUGACGCGCCCACGAGCGCGAGUUAAAACAGAUCACCUUUUUUCACAGCUCACCAUUCCAGCUUUCUUUAUUGCCCAACAAUGGCAUUUUCGCAUUUCUCAAUUCCCCUUUCUCAAUACAUACACUAUACAACAACAUUUUUCCACACUUUUCCUCGUUCAAUUUACACACAUUUUUGCCUGACAGCUCCUUCACACCCAUAAUUAUUCUCUCUCUCUCUUUCUCUCUCUCUCUCUCUCUCUCUCUCUACAACACACAGUUGAAAUGCACAACAAUCGAUCUUAUUGCAGCAUCGGAACCCAACGACGCCGGGAUCUGCGUUUCUCGAUGACUGCGCUCCGACAACGUUGUUAAUCGUCGCUCGAUUUCAUUGAUAAUUCGGAUUUGAAUUGAUUGAAUCCAGGGAACCAAGGAUAACAAGAUAAAGGAGGAUUUGGGUUUUUCCGAAAGCCUUCGAUUUUCGAAUCUGUUAAUUGGUGUUGUUGUGUAUAUAAUUGGGUGACCAAACAAUGCUGUCUAAGAGUGGGGACCACCAGACGGUCCCACUAUCGGUGUUGCUAAAGCGCGAAUUGGCCAAUGAGAAGAUCGAGAGGCCCGAAAUAGUGCACGGUCAAGCCAGUCAAAGCAAGAAAGGCGAGGACUUCACAUUCGUCAAGACUGAAUGCCAACGGGUCUUAGGCGAUGGAGUCACCACAUUUUCCGUUUUCGCGUUAUUUGAUGGUCAUAAUGGAUCAGCAGCCGCUAUAUAUUCGAAAGAGAAUCUCUUGAGCAAUGUGUUGAGUGCAAUUCCACCGGAUCUUAACAGUGACGAGUGGGUAUCGGCAUUGCCAAGGGCUUUGGUUGCAGGUUUUGUGAAAACCGAUAAAGAUUUUCAAGAAAGAGCACAAACUUCGGGAACAACAGUUACCUUUGUAAUAAUCGAAGGAUGGUUCUUAACUGUCGCAUCAGUUGGUGAUUCUCGUGGCAUUCUUGAAUCGGCUGAAGGGGCUAUAUAUUAUCUAUCGGCAGAUCAUAGACUCGAUUGCAGUGAAGAAGAGAGGGAAAGAAUAAUUUCAAGUGGCGGAGAAGUUGGCCGGCUUAAUACUGGUGGCGGUACCGAGAUUGGUCCGUUGAGAUGUUGGCCAGGUGGCUUGUGUCUUUCACGAUCCAUCGGUGAUUUGGAUGUUGGCGAGUACAUAGUUCCUGUACCUCAUGUUAAACAAGUAAAGCUGUCGCCGACAGGUGGAAGGCUAAUAAUCUCGAGCGACGGUGUUUGGGAUGCACUAUCUGCCGAAGCAGCUUUCGAGUGCUGUAGAGGGAUGCCGCCCGAUACUGCAGCUUCGCAAAUCGUCAAAGAAGCUGUACAGGUGAAGGGUCUUCGAGACGAUACGACUUGUAUAGUUGUAGAUAUACUGCCCCCCGAGAAAAACGAGCCCCCAAAACCGCCCCUGAAGAAGCAAGGAAAAAGGGUAUUUAAGUCUAUGUUCCGUAAAAAAUCUUCCGAGUCAUCGUCUCAGAGAGGGAGGAAUAAGGAAGAGGAAGAAAAUCUCGAACCAGAAAUGGUGGAGGAGCUAUUUGAGGAAGGGUCCGCUUCACUUUCGGAAAGGCUGGACUCGAAAUAUCCCGUGUGCAACAUGUUUAAGCUGUUCAUAUGUGCGAUUUGCCAAAUCGAGAUAAAACCUGGCGAAGGUAUUUCGAUACAUGAAAAAACAAACGAGGCGAGAAAAUCACGGCCGUGGAAUGGCCCUUUCCUUUGCUCGAGCUGUAAAGACAAGAAAGAUGCCAUGGAAGGAAAAAUACCUAACGGAGUUGGUAGAUAUAGGAGUGGAAGUGAAUAGUCGAUCUCCGUGAGUGAUAGUAUAUUCUCAUUCUCUGAUCUUAAAUGAGGAAAAAGGCGAUUGCCCACCUUCGUCGAACGCCAUAUAUAUAUAAGAUAGUAAGUGUAAUUGAAAAACCCUAGUGUGAAUAUGUAAGAUACAACACACAAAAUGUGUUUUGCCUUCUGCUCGAUUCUGACUUUGAAGAUGAAGACUUAUGAAUUUUUCAAUUUAGUCGAAAACGGACAAAAUCUUGCCUAUGUCGGGUUAAAAGACAAGCGAGUGGUCUCUCUAUGUACAACUGUCGUAGAAAAGAUCAGAGAUAACUUAUUCGCUACAAGAGUACAUUUUCUUGAUAUAUUCUUUGUUGUAAUAUUGCCGCGUAAAAAAUGUUUGACUGGAGUUCGUCGGUCUUUUUGCCGUUUUUGACGACAUCUUGUUUUUCCAAUGUAACAUUGUUUUGUUCUUCCUUGGUUAAGAAAGGAAGAUAAACAACAUUUGGCGUAUAAAACGGGGUCAUUUUUUCGUCUAUA